GCCAAAAAUGUUUUUUUUAUGCAGCCUCAUAUUAAGUCGUGCAUGACAUGAACAAGGUACCAGACUGUCUGUUACAUCAUUUCGUAGGCAGAAAACCAUCUGCCAUCGUUCAGAAUGAGCUUCUUCAGUCGUUACAGGGUGCUAAUAGUCGGAGUUGUUGGCCUUGCCAUAAUUCAUGCUGGCUGGUACCACAUAGCCAGCAGUCCAACAUUCAACCCCACCCAAAAACCCUUGGACAUCACUCCUGCUUACUACAAGAGCAAACGUGCUAAGCAAACUGGUCAGGCAGCCGAGGCUAAGUAACAUCGCAUCCAAGGUAUUUGUACAUAUUCACCACAAGCAUGAAACUACCAGUCUGGGUGGCCAAACACAAGCUGCUGUCGGUGGGCAUGGCCUUGCUGACCAUUCACUUGACUAUCUACACCGUCCAGAAAACGGCCCUCAGCACUUCUAAGACCAGACGCAGCCUGACCGGGCCAUCACCGCCUGCUGACAAGGAAGACUAGUCUUACUUACCAGCAGUCAAGAUGUCUGCUAUGUCACCAGGCAUCCCUCGCGUACAGCAGCAAAAGACUCUGACAACUGUCCAGAAGCUGUCACAUAGUGACGUUGCUCAGGCCCUAGAGACAUUCAAGCUGUUGAUCCAAUCAUGUUAUGGCCCUGCUGGGCAUCUCAAGACAAUCCAGAACUCCUGCGGUGGUCAGGUGACCGUUACCUCCACUGCAUCCGUACUCGUGAGACAGCUCUCUGUCUCCAGACCCUUCCUGCGACUCAUGUUAGCCGCCUUUGAGGGCCACGUGGCUUCCUGCAGCGACUGCGGCCUGUUCUGUGCCCUGCUGAUGACAAACCUCAUCCAGAGCUGCAGCGAAUUAGAUCUUCACCCCGUUCUAUGCAUUGACAUCAACGAGCUCAUGCUGAAGCUGUGUUUGGACUAUCUGAACUCAGAUGACUCCUGUCGAGUCGACGUCAACAUCGCAGACUCGCAGACAAUGAUGAGUCUUGUUCGCUCGGUCAUCUCCACAAAGCCUGCUUGCGGGCUAAGUUUGAGAGAGACUGACCUUAUCUGUAACCUUACUCUUCAGGCUUUCCUCUAUGGUCUACCAUCCUCAGAGUCGAAUAUAAGCAUCCCGUCAUUAAAGUACGUCCUUGUCGAAGGCAGGACUCCGAUGAAUUCACACAUUGUGGAAGGAGUUCUCAUCGAAUCUCCACAGAUUCCACCAUACACAAGUAAAGGAUUUAACCUUCCUAGGCAAGACGAUGGCAGCAUCAAGGUAGCCCUCUUCAACACCUCCUUAGCUGGGGGCGGAGAAAGCUUCCCAGAUGUUCACCUAGAGACCGGAGAGGGUGUAACCGUUGAUAGAGCCUCAGAGAACCACCUCCUUACCCUUGGAAGCUGCCUCGUCCAGCUGAGGGUUGGGCUCUUAGCUUGUCAGAAGGUUGUCCAUCCCUGCCUCAAACGCUUCCUGAGAAGCCACGGUGUCUUGACAAUAGACAGGUUGUCCCUUGUCCACAUUGAUGCUGUGCAGAUGGUCACAGGAGCCAGACCACUAGGAGCUGUACAGUCAACCAUUCCAGAAGAUGCCCUCGGUGUUAUAGGGAAUCUGACCCACCUUGUGUUGUAUGGCAAGAGUUACAUGCAUCUACAGAACCGCUGCCGUCCAGUGUGCACCUAUGUCCUGUGUAACCGCACAGAAUCGGCCUUGGAGGAGUUAAAGAUUGCCUGCAGUGCUGCCCACCAUGUCCUUGCAAUGACCCUGUCUCGUCCCUUGGCCCUGCCUGGGGCUGGCUGCUGUGAGGCCUGUCUGGCUGCUCACCUCAAACAACAGAUAAAAGCCAAAGAGUCAGACAUCUUAGAUGAUCUUGGAUGUUCCAGAUUGCAAUUCAAGAUGGCAGCUGACAACUUCAUCCACUGCAUUGAGUCGGUAGCGAGGGCCCUGGAACAUGGACAAAACAGCCAAGUCACUGACGAUGUCCAUCACCACAGGUGGCUCCUCCCACUCAGUCAGACUAGCCCAUCUGAUUGGCUAGGACAGUGUGCAUGUGGAAUGAAGUCCUUUCAGGCAGGCAGCGAUUGGCUGCUGUUGGGCUGCAGACAACAGACCAGUGACGUGAACCACCAAUCGGGUGACCUGAUACAAAACAGAACUCUGGACAAGCAGCCCAAACAAAAGGAGCUAGGAAAACUGCAAAGCAAUGACACGCAUUCACCAAAUACUCCUGUUGCUGGCAAAAGCACACCUUUGGUUUUAGACUCCUUUGUUGCAAAGCUCAAUGCAUUACAUGUUGCUGUAGACACAGCCAAUGUCAUUCUUAGGAUUCAUCAGACUAUACAGGAUAGUAACUCAUGAUACUACGAUUGUGUUUGUCGUCUUUUUUUGCUCUAAACCAAAGAUGUUCAGCAAAGAGUAUGGGUUGCUUGUAGUUGUCUUGUGUACAUUUAAUGCAAGAAAUGGGAAAGAAGUGAUUUAAACAUUAGGCAAGACUUACAAGGCUUCGGUCUUAAAAUACCCACGGAUUCGAUCAGGAUUUCAUGUUAAUUGGUUAUUCUGGAAAUCAACCCUCAAAUUUUUAAGUUAGAUGUUGAAGUUUCAACUGAAUUGGUAGUGAUUUCUGAGCUUGUCAAGAAAAUCUAGAGUGAAAACUCCUGCAUAAUUUUGUCUUGUUAUUAUCGUGCAAUCUUUAGGAUUUCACUGAUAACAAGCUGAUCAUGGCCUUAGAUUUAGUACCCAAUUAACAGCAAUCUCUGUAUCACAGGAAGUACCAAACAUGAACCUCAAAUUCAUUCUUUUCAAUAAUCAUAAUUAUUGUUGACAAAUCUGGAGCCAUAUUGAGUUUGAAACCUGACUAAUUAAAAAAAACAAUUGGCAUUUUCUUAUUCAAAAAUAUCCACCAAUUGACAAAAAAAUUGACAUGCAUUUGUGAAAUUGUUUGCCGGUAAGGGGGAAGCACUAAAGCAUGGUAAUGAAAGUAUGUUUCAAAUUAUUGUGAAAGUUCCUCUUGGUUUUAAAACCAUAAUGAUUGCUUACAUAUUAAGCAGAAUAUUGGAUGUUGCACCCCAGGGUUCAAUACCUACAAAAUGAAUU